AUGUGUUUCGGCAGUAGGAAGACAGAUGAGGAGGGCAACAACCGCUCGCGGGAGCUCGACAAGAUCAUCAAGCAAGAUGAGAAGCGCAUGGCCAAGGAGGUCAAGCUCCUGCUUCUAGGUGCUGGCGAGUCGGGCAAAUCAACUGUCCUGAAGCAGAUGAAGUUGAUCUAUGCCUCGGGCUUCAGCAAGAACGAGAAGCUCGAAUGGAAGCCCGUGGUGUUCAACAACGUCAUACAGUCGAUGCGCAUCAUCUUCGACGCCAUGGCCGACUACUCGAUCGAGUUCGAGAACAAUGACAACGAGAAAAACAAAGCCGUGAUCCUCCAAGACAAGGAGAUAGGACCAACCGAUACCCUCCCCGAAGACUACCUCGAACCUAUCAAAGCGCUAUGGGCCGACGGCGGGGUCCAAAAGGCUAUACUGAAGGGCAACGAGUAUGCCCUUCACGACAACCUCGCCUUCUGCGAAGACGCCGACCGUCUCUGGGCCGUGGGCUACGUACCGACCGACCAGGACCUGCUGCGAUCGCGACUACGAACGACUGGCAUCACAGAAACUGUUUUCGACCUUGGGCAAUUGACGUAUCGCAUGUUUGACGUUGGUGGCCAGAGAUCCGAGCGGAAGAAGUGGAUUCACUGCUUCGAGAACGUCAACUGUCUUAUGUUCCUGGUUGCGAUUAGUGGUUACGACCAGUGUCUGGUGGAAGACAAGGAUGGGAACCAAAUGAACGAAGCCCUGAUGCUCUGGGAAUCGAUUGCGAACUCGCACUGGUUCACCAAGUCGGCACUCAUUCUCUUCCUCAACAAGAUGGAUCUCUUCAAGGAGAAGAUCGCUACCAACCCCAUCACAUCGCAUGGCUUUGUCGACUACCAAGGCCCGACCGACGACUAUAGACAAGCCAGCAAGUACUUCAUGGACAAGUUCAGAGCGCUGAAUCGGAACCCCGAGAAAGAGAUAUACGGGCACUUUACAAACGCUACCGAUACGAACCUGCUGAAGAUCACCAUGGGCUCUGUGCAGGAUAUGAUCAUACAACGCAAUCUGAAGCAGUUGAUACUGUGA